CUCUUCUGCUAUAACUUCCUCGAGCCUCAAAAGCAUAAUUCAAUUUCAUCCCCCGAACAUCACAUCUCACCAAACUUAGGACCGCCUUCAAUGGAGGUUCUGAUGGUGAAGGCUUCCUCUGCUCCUCUUCUCAUCCUAUUUAUUCACCAAACGCUUUUCUUUAUACUCCCACCCAUACCCAACCUCAAAUUCCCCCACUUCUAUACCGCCUUUGCCCACUCAAAAUUUCUGGAAAAGAAAAAGAUGAGCAACCUUGUCAACCGAGAGCAAGCAGGGGAAGAUGAAGACCAUGAGGCGGUUUUUAAUGAUGAAGCACCCCAACCCCAUGGUGGAACUCGACUGAGGCUGGUGGGAAGAAUGUUCGGCGACAGGGAUAUUAGCAAGCAAGCGAUGGUGGGUAUGAUUAACAGGGCGUGGUCACAUUUUUGUGAGCCAUCUGUUCAAGAUAUCUCAAAAAUCCGGAACACCUUCAACUUUAUCUUCAAUCGCAAAGAAGAGAUGGACCAUGCCUGGGAAGGAAGGCCGUGGCAAAUCUCAGGUAACACCCUCCAGCUGAAGCAAUGGGAGGAAUCUGUUCGACCCCAAAAUGUCAACUUCGAUCUUGCAGAUUACUGGGUUCAGAUCCAUGGCAUUCCAGAUCACAAAAGAACCGCCUCUAAUGUCGAAUCAGCUGUAGCUAUGUUUCCAAAGAUCCAUGGCAUAGACAUGAGAAGGCUGAAUCCUGACAAGUAUAUGGAGUUUGUUAGAGUUUUCGUCCAAGCUGAUCUGAAUCGCCCCCUACCCCCAGGCUCGUACUGCACUUUUGAAGGCUCAAGAGAAUGGUUGGGGUUCAGGUACGAGAAGCUGUACAUCCUCUGCUAUUAUUGUGGAAGGCAGGGACACACAAAGCAAGAGUGCCCAAAGAAGAGAGCUGAUGCUGAACAGAGGAUUGCUUCCCCACCAGAAGGAAGAUUCACCCCUUGGAUGAAGGCAGGAACUAGGGCUGUUCGCCCUCCCCCUCCCCCUAGGGGAAGAGUUGUGUAUAACUCCCCUGGCGACGCCGGAUCUAGCUCGGGGUCUCCAGGUUUCGUUCAGAACCAGCUGUGGAUCCCCGGGAAAGCUUCUCGGGCGACAGGAUCUACCACUUCAAGAUCACCGGCAACUCCCUCCGACGGUGACAUGGAACACGGUAUUCGAGGCCCUCCGGGUUUCACGCCUCACCCUUUUCCAACGGGCUAUUCUGCAUCAAGCCCAAGAUCUGCUGCUGGGAAUGCCUGUCAUCGAUUCUUCUCCCCUAGUCCUGACCCUAAUCUAAGGGUCUAUGGAGCGUUACCAUUCUUCUCACCUCCUGUCAAAUUCAAUCCUCACUCCCCCUCCUCCUCCACUGCGAGGAACCUUUCACCGGAGAUGGAAGCUGCUGCUUGGGCCCAUUUUUUUCCUCAACAAGCUAAUUUUCUGAAUGGGCCCUAUCAAGCUCAACAGGCCCAUAUGCAAGCCUCUAUCAUUCAGUCUCAACUUAACCUCCAAGCCCAACAUGCUCAAGCCAACCACCCAAAUGUCUCUCAGAUGGUGGAAGAAUUGGGAAAGAAAAUGGACCUCAACAGAAGGCCCAACGAGUUUGGCUUUCCUCUUCCUACAGAGCUGAUUAAUGAAGGCCAGGCUGAACCGAAAAAAAGAAAGCAUGGUCAGCCACUGGAUUUUGGAGAGCCUUAUUUCUCUCCUGGUGAUGACAGCUGCAAGCCUCGAAAUGCUAGAAUGAGAGUCAAAGGUCGCAAAAUGAAGACAACCGCUGAAGAUGCAAAUGAAGAAUAUCAUGAAGAGAAAGAAACAAGGGAGAAACUGUUGCAUAAUAACUCUGAAGCGAAGGUGGCCAGCUCUAAGCCAUCGGGGGAGGAAUGAGUUAUAUAAGCUGGAACUGCC